AUGGAUUACAUUGGCGUGAUUUUUGGACUAAUGAGCUUUAGCUCAAAUGGCACUUCUUGGGCUUGUGUCAGUGAACUUGUGGUGCAAAUAAUGCUUGUAGAACAAGAUUGUGUAGCGGAAAGCAUAGCCAAGCAUCAUCCAGAUUUGAUUAUGUGCCGGAAGCAGCCAGGAAUUGCUAUUGGACGACUUUGUGAGAAAUGUGAUGGGAAGUGUGUAAUAUGUGAUUCCUAUGUGCGCCCUUGCACACUUGUUCGAGUUUGUGAUGAAUGCAACUACGGAUCCUUUCAAGGUCGCUGUGUUAUUUGUGGAGGAGUGGGAAUUUCUGAUGCCUACUAUUGCAAAGAGUGUACACAACAAGAGAAAGAUAGGGAUGGAUGUCCAAAAAUUGUCAAUUUAGGGAGUGCCAAAACUGACUUCUUCUAUGAACGUAAGAAAUAUGGUUUUAAGAAAAGAUGAUGAGAAUUGGAUAGACAUAUGUGUACUGCUGUUAAACUGCUUUUUAUUUACUCAGUUUGAGAUGAAGAAUCUUGAUA